AUGAUUAAUGAUAAUCAACGUGAUUAUCAUCAUGAUUUGCAUGAUAAAUCAAAAUUUAUCGGUUCCGAAUAUCUAUGUGGUAUGGGUGCAGGAUUAUUGAGUGUAAUCGUUACGUUUCCAGUAAAUAAACUUAUGUUUCGACAAAGUGUAUGGGGAUUUGAUGUAGUUAGUGCCAUACGUCAAUUACGUAUCGAAGGUAUCGGUUAUCUAUAUCGUGGUAUUGGACCACCAUUAUUUGUCAAGCCAUUAACAUCAUCAUUAAUGUUUGGUACAUAUAAUCAAUUUUAUCGAAUGUUAUGGAUGAAAAAUGAUGGCUAUAAUUUACAAGCUUCAUUGAUUGCCUCAUUAUUAUCUGGUGCUACCGAAGCAUUGGUAUCGACUCCAUUCGAACGUGUACAGAUGAUAUUACAGGAUGGUCGUUUCAAUAAUCAAUAUACAAAUAUGUUUGAUACAUUUUAUCAGAUACGUCGUUAUGGUAUACAGGAAUAUUAUCGUGGAUUUCGUAUCACCGUACUGCGUAAUGGACCAUCAACAUUUCUUUAUUUUUGUAGUCUUGAUUAUUGUGAGCAACGGUUAUCCAACGAAUUAUCAUCGCUAUCAACAACCAAGCAUCAUCAAUUUGUACGAAAAUUUAUUACCGGUGCAUUAUUGGGUGCUACAAUAUCCACACUAAUCUAUCCAUUAAAUGUUAUACGUACAAGAAUACAGAUACAGCCAAUAGGUACGAAACAUAUGACCAUACGUACAGCAUUCGAACAAUUAUUGAUGGAACGUAUCGGUACUGAACGUUCAUUAGUGGCCGGUAUACAUGCUAAUCUAGUGCGAUCAUUUCUACAUUGGGGUUGUUUAACGGCCAUUUCAGAUUUGAUUCGAAAUAAAAUCAAUUAACCAACAGACUCAUCAAUCUUUUCCAUUCUUUUUAUGUCAAUUUCAUUUUGUGAAAUGAAAAACAAAAUCCGGUUUCAAAAUCCUAAUGAUUGUCGGAAAUAAUCAUUUAUUUGAGAUAUGAAUGAUUGUAAUCCGAUUAUCAUCAUAAAAUGAAAGGAACAUUGACUACCGAUUACCUAUAUAGAUAAUCGAUAAAGAAAUUAAAUGGCUGAUUUCUAUUU